ACAACUUUGGGAAGGACGAAACCCGUCCACACCUCGGGCUCCUGGUGUUCUAUCUGGCUCCAGCAAACCGACAUCAAGCAGCGCUAUCAACUUGAAAAAAUCACUGAUUACAGAGUGAUUUGCAGGGAAGAUGUCUGGGAUAGACACCGACUGUAUCACGCUAACACGUUAUGUGCUAGCCGAACAGAAAAAACAUCCUCAAGCGACGGGAGAUUUGACACAACUUCUGACUGCUCUACUCACCGCUGUAAAAGCAGUGUCAUCGGCCGUAAGGAAAGCAGGCAUUGCUAGUCUGUAUGGCAUUUCCGGUACAGCCAACACCUCUGGUGAUGAACAGAAGAAGCUGGAUGUCAUCGCCAAUGAUCUCUUUAUUAACAUGCUCAAGUCUUCAUUUAGCACCUGUUUACUUGUGUCAGAAGAAAACGAUAAUGUGAUACAAGUGGAGACAGAGAAACAGUCAGAUGGCCUGACUUUUGUCAGCGACAAGGGAAAAUACAUUGUGUGCUUUGACCCAUUGGAUGGUUCCUCAAAUAUUGAUUGUCUCGUUUCCAUCGGUUCCAUCUUUGGCAUUUAUAGGAAGACAACUGAGGGACCCCCUACCGUCAAGGAUGCUCUCCAGCCUGGCAGGAACACAGUGGCAGCAGGAUAUGCUCUCUAUGGAAGUGCUACAAUGGUGGUUCUCUCCGUGGGCAAUGGCGUUCAAGGGUUCAUGUUAGAUCCUGCAAUUGGAGAGUUUAUAUUAACAGAAAAAAAUAUAAAAAUAAAGCCCCGUGGCAAGAUCUACUCUCUGAAUGAAGGUUAUGAGCAGUACUGGGAUGAGGCAACAAAAGAGUAUGUGAAAAGCAAGAAAUUCCCAGAGUCAGGUAAGCCGUACGGAGGACGUUACAUAGGCUCAAUGGUGGCUGAUGUGCAUAGAACUCUGAUGUAUGGGGGAAUCUUUAUGUACCCUGCCACAACUCAGUCCCCGAAGGGAAAGUUGCGUCUUCUGUACGAGUGUAACCCCAUGGCGUACGUAAUGGAGCAGGCAGGAGGGAAGGCCAGCACGGGUACCUCCCCUAUCCUAGACCUACAACCUACAGAAAUUCACCAGCGCUCACCCAUAUUCCUGGGCUCAAAGGAAGAUGUGGAAGAUGUGGAGGCAGUGUACAAGAAACAUGCCAAGUAGAGGGUUACAUGUAGGCCAGGGAACAUACAUGUAAGCUGGAGGGUGGUGGUGGAGGGGAAGGGUACAGACAUGCCUAGUUACAAUGUGGAAUAUGUGAAGGCGGUGUACAGGAAACAUGGCAAGUAGAGGGUUAGGUUAGGGAGCAUACAGGUAAGAGGAGGAC